AUGCCGAUGAUCAUGGUUGGCCCCGGCACCGGGGUUGCUCCGUUCGUUGGUUUUUUGGAACAUAUCGAGAACUCGACCGAUUUGAGUGUCGCUUGCGAACGGUACUUAUUCUUUGGAUGUCGUAAUGAAGAUCUUGACUACAUAUACCGUUCAAAACUGGAAGCGUUUUUGACGCGAAAAGUUUUGAGUCAUUUGGUUGUUUCGUUUUCGCAACAAGACGGCCGUAGCGAAACAAGAAGCCGUUACGUUCAAGACAGCGUCAGGAAGCAUGCUGAAGGACUGGCCAAGUUACUGCUGUCGAAUGCAAGGACUAAAAUAUACGUUUGUGGUGAUAUCCAGCGCAUGUCGAAGGACGUCUGUGAAGCUUUUACGGACAUACUGGUGUCGGCUGGAGGAAAAACGCGAGAGGAAGCAGAAAUUUACCUGAACGAUUUGAAGGCAUCAAAACGAUACGUUCAAGAUUUGUGGAUUUAA